AGACGGUCCGCAUCACCGCUGAGAGGAGGAGAGCUGCGGCUUAUCGGCUCCAUCCGAGCAUCUCUGCGCUAAACCAGGACAAUGCGCCUGGGCCAUGGACGAACCUCAGAGAUUUACUAUGUUUGAGGCUCAGGGCUGAGGAGACAGACCAGGAGAUGGGCUGCACGUCGGCCAAACAGGUGUCUGCAGUACCCAACGGAGAGGAGGAGAACAGCAAAGCCCACAGCAACGGGGACCUCCUCUCUGAUGAGUACAAGGUGAAAGUAGUGGAAAAAGCAAAGUACAUCAAUGGAGAAGAAGGAGGAGGCGACAGCCAGGACAGCACGGAAAAGAGCGCUUUGCUUGGAGCAGGUCAACAGCUGGAUCAAACUGAACCAAAUGCUGAUGGCAAGAUCCAGAGCAUCCACUCAUCUGAGAGCCAGCAGGAGUUCUUCAGGAUGUUAGAUGAAAAGAUAGCAAAGGGAAGAGACUACUGCUCAGAAGAAGAUGAUCUGACGUAGCGCAGUGUUUUCAGCCAUAAAAGGUUCUGCCCUGUCAGUCACACAUUUGGUCCUGGUUUUGUUGUGACCACUCAGCUCAUGUACACGCUAACUACAAACAACAGCCCAGAGAUCGACUUCUAAAUCCUGUUUGAGGAUAUUAACAGAUUUACCUCCCCCAUGAAGCCAUUAUUGUGGAAGACAAACUUAAGUCCUGGAUAGAACCUUCAAGCUGUCAAAAGGUAUUUGACACCCGGGAGGAACUACAAUAAGUGACAUUGUGCUGAAUUAUUUUCCGGGUGCCUCUGGAGAUUUUUAUUCCGACAGUAUAUAUUUUGUUUCUACUUUUGGUUAGCCCAUUCACUGUGUUUAUCUUUGUGUUAUAAAGUUGAGAUCUCAAAAAGACUCAGGGCUGAACACAUCAUAUCUGAACUCCCAUUAGCCGCCACAUGCGCCACAUCACAGAAAAACUGCAACUUCACUGACUGUAUACACUAUAGUCACGGCCUUCAUUCAUACAAUAAUGCAUUUUUGUAGAAAAAUAAAUAUUUUUUUUUAUUUCA